CGAGGAAGGGUUAAGCAAGGAAAUAGUAAUCACAGACAAGCAUGGCUGCCAAGGUGGGCUUAACCAAGAGAGCUGAUCCUGGUGACUUGAAGACCGUUUUUUUAAAGUAUGCAAGUGUUCAUCAGAAUGGUGAAUAUUUUAUGUCUCCUGAUGAUUUUGUGAAACGCUUUCUGAAUACAUACAGUGAUGGUGAACCAGAUCCAAAAACCGUUAAGCUUCUUGCAGGAGUAGUGGAUCAAACAAAGGAUGGGUUGAUAUCAUUUCAAGAAUUCCUGGCUUUUGAGUCUGUACUUUGUGCCCCUGAUGCUUUGUUCAUGGUAGCCUUUCAACUCUUUGAUAAUGCUGGUAAAGGAGAAGUCACAUAUGAGGAUAUUAAGAAUGUUUUCAGUCAGACUACAAUCCACCAGCACAUUCCAUUCGGCUGGAACAGUGAGUUCAUGCAGCUACACUUCGGAAAAGAUAGAAAGAAACACCUUACCUAUGCUGAAUUUACGCAGUUUUUACUGGAAAUGCAGUUGGAACAUGCAAGGCAAGCAUUCAUACAGCGGGACAAAGAUAAGACUGGUGCCAUCACUUCCAUAGACUUUAGGGAUAUCAUGGUCACAAUCCGUCCACACGUCUUAACACCAUUUGUCGAGGAAUGUCUGGUGGCUGCUGCUGGAGGUACGACAGCUCGCCAAGUCAGCUUUUCGUACUUCAAUGGUUUUAACUCCCUCCUUAACAACAUGGAGCUGAUUAGGAAGAUUUACAGCACCCUUGCUGGCACAAAAAAAAAUGUGGAAGUCACUAAAGAGGAAUUUGUUCUUGUUGCACAGAAAUUUGGCCAGGUGACACCAAUGGAAGUUGACAUUUUGUUUCAGUUAGCAGAUUUGUAUGAACCACGUGGACGUGUGUCACUGUCUGAUAUUGAAAGAAUCGCACCGCUGGAGGAAGGGGCUAUACCACACAACCUGGCUGAAGCUCAGAGACAGCAGCAUGUCCCAGGUGAUGGAUCCCGUCCUAUUCUGAUCCAGGUAGCAGAGUCAGCAUACAGGUUCGCUCUUGGCUCUAUUGCUGGAGCGGUUGGUGCCACUGCUGUGUAUCCCAUUGAUCUGGUGAAAACUCGAAUGCAAAACCAGAGGUCUACCGGCUCAUUUGUAGGAGAGCUUAUGUACAAGAGUAGCUUUGACUGCUUUAAGAAAGUGCUUCGUUAUGAGGGCUUCUUUGGACUUUACAGAGGUUUGCUGCCCCAGUUGCUAGGUGUGGCACCUGAAAAGGCUAUAAAACUUACGGUGAAUGAUUUUGUAAGAGACAAGUUUACUACAAGGGAAGGUACGGUGCCUUUUCCUGCAGAGAUCUUAGCUGGUGGAUGUGCUGGAGGAUCACAAGUGAUUUUUACAAACCCGCUAGAGAUCGUCAAGAUUCGAUUGCAAGUAGCCGGUGAGAUUACAACAGGUCCACGAGUGAGUGCCUUGACUGUGCUCCGGGAUCUAGGCUUCUUUGGACUGUACAAGGGCGCAAAAGCUUGCUUCCUGCGUGACAUCCCUUUCUCUGCAAUUUACUUUCCUUGCUACGCUCACACCAAAUCAGCCCUUGCAAAUGAAAAUGGACAAGUCAGUGCUGGUAACUUGCUCUUAGCUGGUGCUAUAGCUGGUAUGCCGGCAGCUUCUUUGGUAACUCCUGCUGAUGUCAUUAAGACAAGAUUACAGGUAGCGGCUCGAGCUGGACAGACUACAUAUAGUGGUGUUAUAGAUUGCUUUAUAAAAAUACUUCGUGAGGAAGGACCAAGAGCUUUCUGGAAAGGAGCUGGAGCCCGUGUGUUUCGAUCAUCCCCCCAAUUUGGCGUAACUCUGGUGACUUACGAAUUGCUUCAGAGAUGGUUUUAUAUUGAUUUUGGUGGAGUGAAGCCAAAAGGAUCUGAACCCCUUCCAAAAUCCAGGAUUACAUUGCCAGCAGCUAAUCCUGACCACAUUGGUGGGUACAAGCUAGCUGUUGCUACAUUUGCAGGAAUCGAGAGCAAAUUUGGACUGUACCUACCACGAUUUAUGCCUACCUCACCAGCUGCAGUAGCCACAAGUCCAGUAUCUUGAAGACAGUUUUGAAAACACGUUUGUGAUUCAUUACCAUUUCCUUGGUUUUUACAACGUGCAUUGCCGCACUCUGUUAUGUCUGAACUGGUUCACAUGGAGUCUGUGUUACUUAAAAUUAGCAAAAUAGUUCAUUUAUCUAAGUUAUAGAGUUGGUUCAAAAUUUAUUCUUAGUGCAUUCUGUAAUCCCUUUGUAGGUUCCCAAAAAUGCAUUUUCCCUCCUUUUCAUACAACUGACUGUUUUUAAGAGUCUAGAAUGUAUACCUUUAUAGGUCAGUUCAAAAUGUGAACUGUUUAGUCACAUACAGCACCUUAGCUUUAUGUGAGCCCAGACAAUGAAUGUUUUAGUCCUAAAAGUGUGCUUCGAUAAAGCAGAAUGCAGACUGUUUUAACCAGCUGUUAACAAGGACUGACCUUCUCUUGAAGAAUUUUUAUUCACAUAUAUGCAUUUAAGACUGUUGCUGAGAACAAAUUAUUACUAGCAUAAAUCAGCAAUGCACUGAUGUAUUAAACACAGCUUUUUGUGAAUAAACUUGUGUAUUGUAAUCAAGCCAGUAUGAUUAAUGGAUUUGAAGCAUUUCACGCACAUUUCUGAAUUGUAUACUGUACAUUGUAUUCUGUAUAUUUCUUUCUGUGAGGCAUUGCAUGGUCUCAGUAAUUGGGAGAAUGUCGAAUUUUUAAAUCGGUAUGGCCUACUGUAGGCACAAUUUGCAGUGUCUGCUGUUGGGCACAUCCUGGGUCUCCUUGAUUCUCAGAUAUGUUGUAGCACUAAUAUCUGGCCUUAUGAAAAUGUACGUGACUAACUGACACACAAUGGCUGUUAAAGAUGCCUUUGAGAAAUAUCAGCUGUUAUUCUUUAAACAGUUCAUUUAUGAUGGCCAUGUUGAGAUUAAAUGCUGCUUAGCACUGAAGUCAGUAACAGCUUAACCCGGUAGGCAAUGUCUCCAGAUCAGCAGAACCACUGUAACGGUGGACCGUUGAGCUGCAAUUUUUUUUUUUUACAUUUCACAUGUUUAUAAUAGUGAAUCAUGUUUGUAAUGAAACAUAUGUACAUUGUGUAAUUAACUGUAAAAACAAUUCAGUGUUUCAGAGACUCUGAAGCAACAGUAUGUGGAUUGAGAUAGUUAUUAAAAAAGACUGUUUAUUUUUUCCUUCCCAUAUUAAAACAAUAAACAUUACAGAACUGGUCCAUGAAAUGCAUUGUUUUGAUCCAUCCCAGCAAUAAAGUUUUUUAAUCAUUUAAAACAAA